AACCCGGCGCGCGAUGUUGUUGUGUCAGAGAUUUUGUUCACUUAUUGUUAAGAGUCUGGAGUUAAAGAAAAGUUAAAACAAUUUACUAAUCAAAGAUGUCUACAAAGUGGUUACCUCUUGAAUCAAAUCCUGAUGUAAUGAAUAAGUUUAUUUACAAACUAGGAGUGCCAAAGGACUGGUCUGUUGUUGAUGUUUUUGGUUUAGAUGAUGAGUUGUUGUCUACAAUUCCUAGUCCAGUACUUGCUGUGUUACUACUUUACCCCCUGGGGAAGGAGCAUGACAAGCUUGUGAAGGAAGAAGAGGAGAGGAUCAAAUCUUCUGGUCAGUCUGUAAGUGACCAGGUCUACUUCUUGCAUCAGACUAUCAGGAAUGCUUGUGGAACUGUUGCUCUUCUGCAUGCUGUUGCUAAUAACACUGGUCGCAUCAAACUAGGUGAGAUGUUUGUCCAAGUGUUGUCUUGUAUGUUGUUGUUAAUAACACUGGUCGCGUCAAACUAGGUGAGACGUUUGUCC